UUUUGUGUAACACCAAAAGGUUGCUAGGCGACUGUUAUACACAAGGAGGACUUGAGGAGGAAUGGCUAAGUUUGUCCUAGCAGGAAAGGCGGAUUGUCCUUAUUAUGCCAAAGCUGAGCUUCUAGCUGAUUUGCUGCAGCGUAUCCUGCCUGAUUUCCGCAUUCACAAAAUCUGUGUGCUGCCCGAAGCCUGGGAGAGCUGGCUUCAGGACACUUGCUCGUCAAAUGGUUGGAAGCACCAGAGCAGCCCGAUGGUGUGGAGGGAGCUGACCGAGCGUGGAGGGAAGGGCACGCUGCUUGGGGGAUUCAGUGACUUUCUGGAAUAUGUACAGGGCUACUAUGGGAUCACGUCAGACAUGGGCUCAGAGCUAAUGCUGAACAUUGCAGCAGAGAACCUCCAGACGAUGGAGCUACAACUUCAGGACGAAGAACGACGACGUAAACUCCACCGAUCUUACCACAUCUGGAUCGGCAGUGCCCUACACCCUAUCUGCUACCACCUCGUCCCGUUACUCUUCACAUCCAGCGUUUUCACCGCUGUGCCUCCCAUCAGCCUCCACUUUUUAGACAUCGACGCCAAGGAAGACUCUCUGUUAGCUCUUAAAAUGGAAGUCGAAGACAUGGCUCUGCCUCGGCUCGACGACAUCACCAUCCACAAUGACCAGAGUCAGGCGUUCCAGUCAGCCGAUCUGAUAGUCCUCCUGGACGACUGGGGACACAGUGAGGACACGGAGCAGCGGUUGAGGCGAGUGGUGGAAAGAUUUAGUCAGUACGGAAGUCUGAUCGAGGACAACGCGGGUAAGGAUCUACGCGUGCUGGUGGCAGGAGACGUCUAUCUCAACCUGAAGUGCGGCCUCCUGAUUGAGAACGCGCCCUCUGUGGAUCCACGAUGCUUCGUGGCGAUUGCAACACAACUGGAAGGAGAAGCGAGGACUCAGCUCGCGACGCAGCUGUCGGUGAAAAGCCAUGAUAUCACCGAUGUCAUUAUUUGGGGAAACAUCAGCGGUCGUUUCCACAUCGACCUCCAGCGAGCUAAGGUUUACAGAUAUAAAGGUGCCAUCUGGGGCCCUAAAGGAUUCUCGCAGGACGUCUUGGAGACGGUUUAUGAUAGAAAAUGGCUGAAGAACAAUUUCCCGAGCUUGGUCGGCGCACGUCGACGUGAAAUUUCCCUCAAGACCAAAAGGCCUGCAGCUAUUUCAGCAAGCAGAGCAAUAAUUACAGCUCUGAACGCGUGGAUCAACGAGUCCUCUUCUCAGGAGAUCUUCUCUCUGGGUGUAAUCAGUACAGGGCACUUCGGUAUUCCUGACGGUCUCGUUUUUUGCGUCCCCGUGACCUUCCAGAAGGGCAAGUGGUCGGUGUGUUCAGACAUCAUCAUCACAGAAGAGCUGGGAAGGAAACUGGAGGCCGCUGUUAGUGAGAUUACAGAGGAGAAGACCGCUGCAGCUGGAAUAAGGAUGGGAAGUCAAUGAACAAAGAUGUAGGACGGCGUAAAUGCAGAAGUUAAGACCUUAUUAAUUAACAUUGAAAUCCAAUCAGGGAUCAUCAAUCCAGAUGACCAACAGAAUUAUGCACAAGAGCAACAACAGUAAACCUAACAGAUUAAAUCAGCAAUAAGCAAAACAGAUGUGAGACAACUAACUGACUGGACCUACAACUGAACAAUCUACAGAUUUUAAACAUGUGACGGAGGUAUGCUAUGGGUUCAAGACAAAGUUCAACUUAAAAAUUCAAACACAAAACAUGGAACAUCGGCUGUGUUCCAUUCCACAGUGUUCUCCCUACUCCCUGUGCAGGAAAUGUCGCUUAAGGGAACUUUCAUACUGCGGACAUUAAAUCAUGAAUAUUUAUUGAAACAAAAACUGAUACUAUUAUGAAACAUAUACUACUGAAAUGUGUAAAAACACAUACAUCAAUGUAUUGAUUGAUUUACAGA